UGAGCGAACAGCAGCGGAAAGAUAAAAAACCUCCAGCUCCUGGUGACAUUUUAUAUCCCGACACCGCGGCUGAAAACGGCGAAUUUGAGCUUUAAUAUGCCGGGAAUGAUGGAUAAAGGCUCGGAGUAUUUAGGGAAAGGUCGAUCAAACGGGACGAAGAGUCCGUCCAACGCUUCUAACGGGCAUUUCUCUGACGAAAGCGGCAGCGACGACGAACACGAUGUGGGAAUGCGGGUUGGAGCCGAUUAUCAGGCCAACAUUCCAGAGUUCGAGCCCGGUGAGUUUUUACUGGUUUCUAUCUGGAGUGACGGACGGGGGUAGCCUCGGUACAUGUAGCCUUCAGUAACAGACUGUUCACUACACACACACGCGUGUACACAGCUUCGUGUAGACGCGUUCACACCAUGACAGUCACUGACACUUGGUGUUAGUUUAUGUUCUCCGUGUUGAUGAAUUGUUAUUGACCGGAGAGAGAAACAUGAACCGAGGCUACCUCAUCUUCUCACUGACAACUUGUGACAUUCAGGAAUUUCUAAUUAAUGAAGCUUGAUGGAGUUGGUUUGUUUACAUUCUUCUUAUUUAUUUUCCCUCCACUUAUAUUAAAUAAUGUAAUAUAUUCGUUGCUGCGGGCAAAAUAAUGCUAAUCAAAUAAUAAUAAUAAUUUAACAGUAACUACUUUUCAACAAGCAA